AUGCUUGACGACACAGCGCCGAGAUCGAAGCUGGGUCCUCCGUCGCGAGGUUCGUCUUUUUACAUUGAGAAUCUGUUGGGGACCGCGUACACAGGGGCUUCAUCUGAGGAGCGCGUGGACACUCCAAGCCGUAAAGUUACCGACCACAGCCCGGUGAUGUGUCCCGGAGUGGAAAGUAAACGUGAGGACGAUAGUAAAGUGCUGAACUGGAGCGGGACGUCACCAAACACAGCGCACGGCACCUCAAAAAGUCCACCGUGCCACAGUGAACACACAGACCCUGUGCCGACGAGCGACCGGGAUUCCCCAACUUUAAGAGGGCGGGGGGAGACCGAUGAGCCGGAGGACAAGGGGGACGAGAGUCUGACGGAUGACAGAGAAGAAGAGGACGCACGCUCCUCCUGCUUCUCUCGAGAGGACAGCUGUGAUACAGGUGACAUAAAGGUGGCACGAAAAAAGAAGACCCGCACCGUGUUCAGCCGGAGUCAGGUCUUCCAGCUUGAGUCUACUUUCGAUCUAAAGCGCUAUCUGAGCAGCUCAGAGCGAGCCGGGCUGGCUGCAUCGCUGCAGCUCACGGAAACCCAGGUGAAGAUCUGGUUUCAGAACCGCAGGAACAAGUGGAAGCGGCAGAUCGCUGCAGACGUGGAGGCCGGCAGCGCCGCUGUCCCCUACACUGCCCAGAGGGUCGUCAGAGUUCCCGUGUUGUAUCGUGAGAAUGCCCGUACUCCCGUGACGCUGACCAGCCUGCCUCAAAUGACGCCAUCGGUGAUCGGCUUCUCUAACUCUAUCAGCUAUCCAUUGACUUCCCAUUUCACACAUCCGGUGUCGUUCAUAACGCCACAGAUGACUGGACUGGUGUGA